GACAUCCUCUCCAAACUCCGGCGCGUCUCUGCUGCGGUGCGUUGCGCGCAGGCUGGAGAGCGAUGACAAGAGCUCCGCGGACCUGGUCAGACAAACAUGGAUCUCCGUAAAACACUGAUGUCGGUGCUUUGGAUAUUAUUGCUGAACCUUGCGGAAGACUGUCACGCAGAGGAAGUGGUGCUGUUGAAUUCUAAAGAGACUCAGGCAGAGUUGGGCUGGACGUCAUAUCCUCCUAAUGGAUGGGAGGAGAUAAGCGGCGUGGAUGAAAAAUACAAACCUAUCCGGACGUACCAGGUGUGCAACGUGAUGGAGCCCACGCAGCAGAACAACUGGCUGCAGACGGGCUGGGUGGAGCGGCGAGGCGGCCAGCGCAUUUUCGUGGAGCUCCAGUUCACACUGCGUGACUGCAACAGCAUCCCCGGUGUAGCCGGCACCUGCAAGGAGACCUUCAACCUCCUCUAUGUAGAGUCCGACAGGGACCUCAUGGGUGUGACCCGUGAGGACCGUUAUACCAAGAUCGACACCAUCGCUGCCGAUGAGAGCUUCACGCAGGGCGAUCUUGGGGAGAGGAAGAUGAAGCUGAACACAGAGGUGCGAGAGAUCGGCCAUCUCAACCGCAAGGGCUUCCACCUCGCAUUCCAGGACGUUGGUGCCUGUGUGGCCCUAGUGGCUGUCAGGGUGUACUACAAGCGCUGCCUCGCAACCGUCCAGAACCUGGCGGUGUUCCCCGACACAGUGGCUGAGGCGGCCUUUGCAACGCUGGUAGAGGUGCGCGGCACCUGCGUCAACAACUCUGAGGUUGAUGCAGACAGCCCUCCCAGGAUGCAUUGCAGUGCUGAAGGGGAAUGGCUGGUGCCCAUUGGGAAGUGUAGCUGCAGCGCUGGAUACGAGGAAGGACACAGCAGCUGUGAAGCGUGUCCCCGUGGCUCCUACAAGAUGUCAUCCCGGCAGCAGGAGUGUUUCCACUGCCCGGCCCACAGCGUCGCCGACGAUGAGGGAUCGGUGGUGUGCCGGUGCGAGGAGGACCACUUCAGGACUCCCCUGGACACGCCCUCUGCACCCUGCACAAGGCCGCCCUCUCCACCUCGAAACCUGGUCUACACCCUGAAGCAGUCCACACUGAUUUUUGACUGGACAGCCCCGUCCGACACAGGAGGCAGGACAGACCUGACAUACAGCGUGAGGUGCCGGCGGUGUGUCGGGAAGCAGUGUGAGCCGUGUGGUCCGAGUGUUGGCUUCGUGCCCCAGCAGGUCGGUCUGACGGAAAGAACAGUGACUGUGGUCAAUCUUCUUCCCAACACCAACUACACCUUUACUGUAGAAGCUCUGAACGGAGUGUCAGAGCUGUUGCCUAACAAGAGGUUCUACACUCAGGUCAACGUAUCUACGAGCCUACCUGCUCCAUCUCUGAUUAGUGAGCUCCGAGCAGAGAAGAUCGAGCAUAAGAGCAUAACGUUGGUGUGGAGGGAGCCAUCCUACCCAAACAGCAGCCGCACGGAAUACGAGGUCAAGUAUUACGAAAAGGAACAAAAGGAUCAGAGUUAUUCUACUGUGAAGACAGCCGCCACGCGGAUCAGUGUCAACAACCUCAAACCUGGCACCACAUAUGUCUUCCUCAUCCGUCCAUUCUCCACACCGGCUCCCUUCUCGCCCCUGUCCUCCUCUCCUCUCUCAUCCUCUUCAUCCUCCUCUUUAUCCUCACCGCCUUCCUCUUCUGCUUCUUCCUCGUCUUCGGUGUCGACCUCCUCUUCGUCAGCCGGCUCCUCCCCACCACCCAUUGACUAUGGCGCGUACAGCACUCCCCUGGAGCUGCAGACACUUGGAGAGUUGGCACUGGCAUCCAGCGAGCAGAAUCCGGUGGUGAUCAUCGUCGUCGUAUCCGUGGCCGCUCUAAUCAUGCUGCUCUCCAUGGGAGUGGGACUGCUCAUUUGGAGGAGACAGUGUGGCUACAGCAAAGCUUCUCAAGAGGGAGACGAGGAACUUUACUUCCAAUUUAAGAUCCCAACACGACGGGCCUACAUUGAUCCAGAAACAUGCGAGGACCUUCUGCAGGCUGUGCAUGUCUUUGCCAAGGAACUGGACAACUCAAGCAUUAAGAUAGAGAGAAUCAUACAGACGGGCGACUUUGGGGAGGUGUGUCGUGGCUGCCUGAAGCUGCCCAGCAAGAGAGAGCUGCCUGUAGCCAUAAAAACGUUACGAGCCGGCUGCUCCGACAAACAGCGCCGCUCGUUUCUCAGUGAGGCUGGAAUUCUGGGGCAGUUCGACCACUCCAACAUCAUCCGACUGGAGGGAGUCAUCACCACCGGUAACACCAUGAUGAUCAUAGUGGAAAGCAUGUCGAAUGGAGCCUUAGAUUCCUUUCUUCGGAAACACGAAGGGCAGCUGAGUGUGAUGCAGCUGAUGGAUAUGCUGAGCGGUGUGGCAUCCGGGAUGAAGUACCUCACUGAAAUGGGUUUCGUCCACAAACGCCUCGCCGCGCACAAGGUGCUUGUUAAUUCCAACCUGAGCUGUAAAGUGUCCGGCUUCAGGCCUCUUCAGGAGGACAAGAUAGAAGCUAUUUACACUACUCUGCACGGAGGUAAAAGCGUGGUGCUGUGGACCGCUCCGGAGGCCAUCCAGUACCAUCGCUUCUCCUCAGCCUCGGACGUCUGGAGCUUUGGCAUCAUCAUGUGGGAGGUCAUGUCCUAUGGGGAGAGACCCUACUGGGAUAUGGGCAACCAGGAUGUGAUCAAGGCCAUAGAGGAUGGUUUCAGGUUGCCGGCUCCAGUUAAUUGCCCUCCACAUCUCCAUCAGUUGAUGUUGGACUGUUGGCAGAAGGAGAGGACUGAGAGACCCACCUUCAGUCAGAUCCACUCGGCCCUCAGCAAAAGUAUUCGCUCUCCUGAUGGUAUUGGUUCCUCCACACUAGCACGCAGGACCCUGAGUUCAUCCAUUACUCUGGCAGAGAGACCUCUUCCCUCCUUCCCUUCCUUUAACUCUGUAGGAGAGUGGCUGGACGCAGUGGACAUGGGCCGAUACAAGGACAACUUUACAGCUGCAGGAUACUGCUACCUAGAGUCUGUGGCACGUAUGACUGUACAAGAUGUACUGAGCCUUGGCAUCACUUCCCUGGAGCACCAGAAGCUGAUACUGGCUGCCAUCCAGACUCUCAGAGCCCAAGUCAUCCAAAUGCACGGCCGCGGUGUGCAGGUCUAACAGGCAAGCAACAAACACAAUGUGGUACUGCUGCAAGUUUACACGUGUGCAGAGGGAUGGGCGAGGUGGAUGGGAGGACAGAGCACUCUUCCAGACUGAAGCAGAUCUUUCAGCAAACUGCCCUCUUCUAGUUACUCCUCCUUUCAACACUCCAAGCCUUCCUUGAUUCCUUCUCUUCAUGAGUCCCCUUGGAGACGAAUCUUGAUUCGGGGGGAUAGCAGAGGAGUGAUGUCAUGUGACUUUUUUGACCUCUGUCUGCACUUUAGCCUUCAGUAACUGUGGCAGGAGACAAGUUAAACACAGUCUCUGCCAGGACCAGCUCUGCAGAGAUGUACUGUGCCACAAACACAGCGAGUACUGAAUAGUGCUUAAAGACUACACAUUUUAGGUGGAAUUUCCCUUUACCACAACUUACCAACCUAAGAAAAUGUCAUUAAAAUGUCAGAGCCUGUAAGGGUUUUACCGGCCUGGGAUCAGUGUGACAAUGUGUUUUGCAUGGAGACCGUCUCUCCUCUGAACAGGAACUGAUUUAUUAUGAGGAUGUAGUCAUUUCAUUGUGUGUCAGUGCUGAUUUCAUAUCAAAGGAUGGAACAUCCUCUCCUGAAGGUUAUACGCAGCUGGAAUGUAACUCGUUCAGAGCAGCAGCUCUCUGCAGGCAACCGUUAGGAGCUGUGACUGAGCUCUUCCACGUCAAGGGUCCAGUAAGUCUGCAUUACUGAAGAGGUGAAAACAGUAAAUGUACAGGGCUAGUAUUAUGUAUGGUCCUAUAUACUGUCCAUUUGUAGGCUCAGUGCGUGAUGAUGAUAACAGGUCGUCACCCGAGUGGCGGUUGAGGCCCGUUUGCUCUCGCAGGCUGAAUGCACCUACACUCGUUUGCUGAUGAUCGUGUGGUGUCUUCAGGAAUAUUAGCUUGUAUUUUGUUUUGAUAGUGAAAGGAUGCAGUUGUAAAGGGUUGACUUUUUUUGUAUGUCAUCCAUUUCAGAACUCUCAAUCUAACAUUUAUUUUCUUUUCUUCUUUGCUUUGAAAACAUUGCAUUUUCCCUCCAGCCGGUCAGUAUUAUGCCUCAGUAAUCCUAUUCUCUGAGACUCUGUUACUUCCUUGUUUAACACUAUACAAAACCAACACUGGAAGACACCUGGGUAAGAUAUUUAUCCAUAUUUAUUUAUAUUUACAAACUGUAACACCUUUCCAGAAAGGCAAGGAAGGUUUAAGAAGUGUAUUUAACUUAUAUUUAGAGUGGAAAAAAAAGUCAAGUUAAGGCUUUAUUGUGUCUUGAAAUAUUUGAUUUCUUGCAGCCAAAAUUUGUAGAAGAGCAUCUUCUACAAAGAGGAUCUUGAAAGUCAGCACACAGGAUCCAGAUGUCUUGGUGAAGUUAUUUUAGGUUUAUUAUCAUGGGGGUUUUCUGUGUGGAUAAUGAAGAAUGUCAGAUUUUUUUUUUCCUUGUUGCUGUUGUUUUUUUCCCCUUUUUAUUGACCUGUAAUUUGCUUUGCCAUACUCCAUUACGUAGUUGCACUUUUGUCAAUUUUCCACCACAAUUUUCUCUGUACAGAAUCAAUCUUUGCCCUUUCUGCCCCAUUUUAAUAUGGGAAGCUUGAAUUGUUAUAUAUAUGAUUAUUAGGGCAUUAUUUCAUACAUUUCCACAAUAGGUGCACUUUUUUUUCUUUUUUUUUUUUACUGGAAUAUUGUAACUGGUAUGUAUUAAAUACAAAAUGAGUUUUUCUUUGUGUGAAUGCGCUCCUCUUUUGUAUUCAUGUCCUUUAAAGUACCACGAGUAACACCUACAAAACGGAUCAUUUUUACCACCGUGAAUACAAAUAUACACGUGCAUUCAAACAGAUAAACUUCAUCACAAUGAAUUCAGUUUAUUUUCCCCUUGCUUUCUGUUACUGUGAUAAUUAUGUUUAAUACUGUAAAUAUGUAUUUGAAAAUGCUAAAUCUAUUUUUAUAAUUUGUUUGAAGAACAAUGUGUUGAAUAUAUUAUCUGCUCACUGUGUAAGGAUUCUGUUUGUUUUGAUUUAUGGCCAUAAUCAAGAAACCUCUGGUGUUUGGAAUAUAAAACUAAGAUGUUUUGUUAGUUUUUGAUGAUUUAUACCUGUUAGACGAAAAUCUGAUGGCUGUUACAAUAUUGAAAUGUGUUAUUAAAAAAUCUCAGAGUCCA